AUGCCACAGAGCCCAUACCCGACUGCAAUCUAUCUCCCGCGGGACCUUAUCGAAGCUGGCUUCACCUACGGGUAUCUCUCUCCCGAGAACUUCGCCCGAGCAGAUGCGGGGUAUGUUAUCUCGCAAAAUAUGCCAGGGCGGGCCUUCCUGUUGCCAUAUCCGGGGGGGGUCCCGUCACGAUACGACUCCUCCGAUCUGACUGCAAUCGAAAAGGCCAAUAGAACUCUGAAAGGUUUAUUGAGUUUGAAGAAUGUCCAUCAAAUCCCUUACGAGAACCUGGCAGCUUCGAUCGCUUCAAUCCAUAUCGAGCCUCGGUCGCAGAUUCGUUCCAAUGCGACUUGGCAUACUCGAAGACGAGAUCUUCAUAGCAAAGGCUCCUAUGUUUUUGUCUACAACACCGGGGACUACAGCACAGGGAGUAUCAUAUUCGAGUACUCUGGCGCAGACUACUUCUUGAACGCGUGGACGGGCGAGGAGGCACAAAUCGUCCACUACACGAAUAAGAAUGGCUACAUGACUAUUCCUAUCGCACUGCAGCCAGAGGAAACGAGGCUUCUCCGGCUGAGCACAUAA